CUCAUCUAUCCUUUACGGCAAGGGUACCUACGGUACCUGAAAACAACAAUGGCGUGGAAAACACUUCCCAUUUACCUGUUGUUGCUGCUGUCUGUUUUCGUGAUUCAGCAAGUUUCAUCUCAAGAUUUAUCAAGCUGUGCAGGGAGAUGUGGGGAAGGGUAUUCUAGAGAUGCCACCUGCAACUGUGAUUAUAACUGUCAACACUACAUGGAGUGCUGCCCUGAUUUCAAGAGAGUCUGCACUGUGGAGCUUUCCUGUAAAGGCCGCUGCUUUGAGUCCUUCGAGAGAGGGAGGGAGUGUGACUGCGACGCCCAAUGUAAGAAGUAUGACAAGUGCUGUCCUGAUUAUGAGAGUUUCUGUGCAGAAGUGCAUAAUCCCACAUCACCACCAUCUUCAAAGAAAGCACCUCCACCUUCAGGAGCAUCUCAAACCAUCAAAUCAACAACCAAACGUUCACCCAAACCACCAAACAAGAAGAAGACUAAGAAAGUUGUAGAAUCAGAGGAAAUAACAGAAGAACAUUCUGUUUCUGAAAAUCAAGAGUCCUCCUCCUCCUCCUCCUCUUCCUCUUCUUCUUCAACAAUUCGGAAAAUCAAGUCUUCCAAAAAUUCAGCUGCUAAUAGAGAAUUACAGAAGAAACUCAAAGGAAAAGAUAACAAGAAGAACAGAACUAAAAAGAAACCUACUCCCAAAGCACCAGUUGUAGAUGAAGCUGGAAGUGGACUGGACAAUGGUGACUUCAAGGUCACCACAACUCCUGCCACGUCUACCACCCAACACAAUAAAGUCACCACAUCUCCCAAGAUCACAACAACAAAACCAAUAAAUCCCAGACCCAGUCUUCCACCUAAUUCUGAUACAUCUAAACAGACAUCUUUGACAGCAAAUAAAAAGACAACAGUUGAAACUAAAGAAACUACUACAACAAAUAAACAGACCUCAACUGAUGGAAAAGAGACUACUUCAGCUAAAGAGACACAAAGUGUAGAGAAAACAUCAGUUAAAGAUUUAGCACCUACAUCUAAAGUGCCAGCUAAAACUACACCCAAAGCUGAAACUACAACCAAAAGCCCUGCUCUUACCACCCCCAAGGAGCCUACACCCACCACUCCCAAGGAGCCUGCAUCUACCACUCCCAAAGAGCCUGCACCCACCACCACCAAGUCUGCACCCACCACUCCCAAGGAGCCUUCACCCACCACCACGAAGAAGCCUGCACCCACCACUCCCAAGGAGCCUGGCCCAACCACCCCCAAGGAGCCAGCACCCACCACUCCCAAGGAGCCUGCACCCACCACCACCAAGAAGCCUGCACCCACUACUCCCAAGGAGCCUGGCCCAACCACCCCCAAGGAGCCUGCACCCACCACCACUAAGAAGCCUGCACCCACUACCCCCAAGGAGCCUUCACCCACCACCCCCAAGGAGCCUGGCCCAACCACCCCCAAGGAGCCAGCACCCACCACUCCCAAGGAGCCUGCACCCACCACCACCAAGAAGCCUGCACCCACUACUCCCAAGGAGCCUGGCCCAACCACCCCCAAGGAGCCUGCACCCACCACCACUAAGAAGCCUGCACCCACUACCCCCAAGGAGCCUUCACCCACCACCCCCAAGGAGCCUGUGCCCACCACCACUAAGAAGCCUGCACCCACCACCACCAAGAAGCCUGAACCCACCACUCCCAAGGAGCCUGCACUAACCACCCCCAAGGAGCUCACACCCACCACUACCAAGAAGCCUGCACCCACUACUCCCAAGGAGCUCACACCCACCACCCCUGAGGAGCUCACACCCACCACCCCUGAGGAGCCCGCACCCACCACCCCUGAGGAGCCCGCACCCACCACCCCUGAGGAGCCCGCACCCACCACCCCUGUGGAACCCGCUCCCACCACCCCUGAGGAACCCUCUCCCACCACUCCCAAGGCACCGGCUCCCACCACCCCUAAGGAGCCUGCUCCAAAAACUGCUCCAACUACCCCUAAGGGGACUGUUCCAACUAUCCCUAAGGGGACUGCUCCAACUACCCCUAAGGGGACUGCUCCAACUACCCCUAAGGAGACUGCUCCAACUACCCCUAAGGGGACUGCUCCAACUACCCUCAAGGAACCUGCACCCACUACUCCCAAGAAGCCUGCCCUCAAGGAGCUUGCACCCACCACCACCAAGGAGCCCACACCCACCACCUCUGACAAGCCUGCUCCAACUACCCCUAAGGAGCCUGCACCCACUACCCCCAAGAAGCCUGCUCCAACUACUCCUGAGACACCUCCUGCAACCACUUUAGAGGCCUCUACUCCAACUACCACCAUGGAGCCUCCCACUAGCCACAAAAGCCCUGAUGAAUCAACUCCUGAGCUUUCUGCAGAACCCACACCAAAGGUUCUUGAAAAUAGUCCCAAGAAACCUGCUGUACCUACAACUAAGACUCCUGCAGUGACUAAACCUGAAAUGACUACAAGAGCGAAAGACAAGACAACAGAAAGAGACAUACGUACUACAACUGAAACUACAACUGUUGCACCUAAGAUGACAAAAGAGACAGCAACUACAACAGAAAAAACUACCGAAUCCAAAAUAACAACUACAACCACACAAGUAACGUCGACCACAACUCAAGAUACCACACCAUUCAAAAUUACUACUCUUAAAACAACUACUCUUGCACCCAAAGUAACUACUACAACAAAAAAGACAAUUACUACAACUGAGAUCAUGAACAAACCUGAAGAAACAGCUAAACCAAAAGAUAGAGCUACUAAUUCUAAAGCGACAACUGCUAAACCUCAAAAGCCAACCAAAGCACCCAAAAAGCCCACUUCUACCAAAAAGCCAAAAACAACAUCUAGAGGGAGAAAACCAAAGACGACACCAACUCCCCCAAAGAUGACAUCAACAAUGCCAGAAUUGAACCCUACCUCAAGAGUAGCAGAAGCCAUGCUCCAAACCACCACCAGACCUAACCAAACUCCAAACUCCAAACUAGUUGAAGUAAAUCCAAAGAAUGAAGAUGCAGGUGGUGCUGAAGGAGAAACACCCCACAUGCUUCCCAGGCCCCAUGUGUUCACACCUAUAGUUAUUCCCGGCAUGGAUUACUCACUAAGAGUACCCAAUCAAGGCAUUAUCAUCAAUCCCAUGCUUUCCGAUGAGACCGAUAUAUGCAAUGGUAGGCCAGUAGAUGGACUGACUACUUUGCGCAAUGGGACAUUAGUUGCAUUCCGAGGUCAUUAUUUCUGGAUGCUAAGUCCAUUCAGUCCACCAUCUCCAGCUCGCAGAAUUACUGAAGUCUGGGGUAUUCCUUCCCCCAUUGAUACUGUUUUUACUAGGUGCAACUGUGAAGGAAAAACUUUCUUCUUUAAGGAUUCUCAGUACUGGCGUUUUACCAAUGAUAUAAAAGAUGCAGGGUAUCCCAAACCAAUUUUCAAAGGAUUUGGAGGACUAACUGGACAAAUAGUGGCAGCGCUUUCAAUAGCUAAAUACAAGAACCAGCCUGAAUCUGUGUAUUUUUUCAAGAGAGGUGGCAGUAUUCAGCAGUAUAUUUAUAAACAGGAACCUGUACAGAAGUGCCCUGGAAGAAGGCCUGCUCUAAAUUAUCCAGUGUAUGGAGAAACGACACAAGUUAGGAGACGUCGCUUUGAACGUGCUAUAGGACCUUCUCUAACACACACCAUCAGAAUUCACUAUUCACCCGUCAGACUGGCUUAUCAAGACAAAGGUUUCCUUCAUAAUGAAGUUAAAGUGAGUACACUGUGGAGAGGACUUCCAAAUGUGGUUACCUCAGCUAUAUCACUGCCCAACAUCAGAAAACCUGAUGGCUAUGAUUACUAUGCCUUUUCUAAAGAUCAAUACUAUAACAUUGAUGUGCCUAGUAGAACAGCAAGAGCAAUUACUACUCGUUCUGGGCAGACCUUAUCCAAAGUCUGGUACAACUGUCCUUAGACUGAUGAGCAAAGGAGGAGUCAACUAAUGAAGAAAAUAAGAAUACAUUUUGACACUGAAAAACAUUUUAUUAAUAAAGAAUAUUGACAUAAGUA